GUCCGCUAGGCUUGAAAAUCAAGGUUAAAUGGCGUCUAGUGGUAACUGUCGAUAAAAUUCCUUCAAACUUUGACGUUUCUGUUUCAAGUUUUCAACCGCUGUUAAGUUAUCGUUAAUGUUCGUUGGUAGUUUAAUCAGUAUCUCACGAUUUCACUAUUUGAAAUAACCAAAGAGUGCUCCUCAUAUUUAUAACGAAUGGAUCUUUAGACCGAUUGUUGACUAGAAAGAGUUAAGCAACAGGUGAGGGGAAUAAGGUGGUUGAAGUCCAACGACAAACCUGAUUGCAGCCUCAACAUGUCACAUUCUUACAAAGCCUUGACCAAAGAUGAAUCUCCUGUAGCACCAGAUUCUACAACCGUUGAUCGUGUAACAUUUACUGAAGGUGAAGAUGUACUUCUUCAUGAUGAAGAUGGACUUUUCAUUUUUGGCACAAUUGUUCAGGUUCUCACAUUUCAAGAAAAGUGUCUUAUUCAGUUUGGAGAUGAUACUGAAAGAUGGGCUCACUUUUGUGAUCUAAGAAAAAUUAAAAUUCAAGAGGAAACUGAUAUUUCAUGCAUUUUGUGCAAGAGUAUACAGUCUACUUCUAGUAAUAAAAUAUUAUUGUGUCACUGCUGCAGAAGAGGAUACCAUCAACGCUGUCAUGAGCCUGCAUUACCAAGCCAGUUUGCCAAUGGAGAAACAGAUUGGCUUUGCAUGAGAUGCAUGGAAAAGAGGCAAGCUAGGGAAAAAAAUAAGAUUGCCAACUCGCAACCAGAUAUACGGGGUAAAGUCAACAACAACAACAGCAGUUCUUCCAACACGAUCCGCAAAAGACGUAGCUUUCCGUACGACUUGGCGAAUCUUAGGUGGGAUGCAAACCAUUUCACAAAUGCUGAGCAAAAGUAUUGCUAUUGUGGACAGUUGGGUGAAUGGUUUAAACGAAUGCUGCAGUGUUGUGGAUGCUCGCAAUGGUUUCACGGUGAAUGCAUAUCUAUCUUAAAGCAACCUUUGUUAUACGGCGACAGGUUUUUUCUUUUCUUGUGCUCCGUGUGCAACAAUGGCAACGAAGAACGCCUCAUGAGAUUAAGUGAAGAGCUAACCCUAGCGGAUAUGGCUCACAUUGCACUUUUCAAUUUGACUCUGGAAACGACAAAGAAAUACCACGAUCUAGAUAUGAGCAUAUUACCGUUCAUAGAGAAUAACUGGAAAUAUUUCCACCCUUCCGGCGAGCUAUUACAUUUGACAGACACUGAAAAACGAACCAGGAUACUGGCCGCUUUCUGGCAGUUCAAAAACCGAUUUAUGUGCGGACGAGAAUUGAAAAAGAAGAAGACCAUGUGGGGAUUGCGUUUCCAAUUGCCCUCUACAUUUCCUUCUGUAUUAGCCCCACAGUCCCGACACACACUACAGUUGUGGACAAAACGCAAUUCGAUUCCCCAAGGCACAGUUGUCGAGAAAAUUUCUCCGACCCCACCGGUCAUGAAGAAACAGACUGAAGGGUUUCGUAAAAACAAGAGAGCUCAUUCGUCACUAGCAAUGAGUGAAGAACGAGAAAAACCUUCCAAAAAGCGAGCAAGACCGUCUGAUCCUGAACUUCACCGUACUUUGCGGGUUCGCCAGCAAAGAGCAACAUCUGAGGAGAGCAUCUGUGAAAUAAGUUCUGACGAAGUCAAGUUGAUGGUCUUAUCGAGCAAAAAGACCAACAAGCGUAAACGGACCAACGGAGGAGAAGAGAAUUCAAGCAGUGUCUCAUCCUUUUCAGCUUCGUUGACCACUCCGGUAGAAACCAGUUGCGACGAAACGUCUUCGAAGGGAACUUUAGACAUGUUCAUACCACCGCCCCAAAACUUUGACGGCUUAAACAAUCCGUUCUGCAAUUUAUCUACCCAAAAUCAGAAUCUUCCGCGCAGCUCUGGUUAUCUCUUCGUUCGUCCACUGAAGACGCGUUUAAGUGAAAAGGAUAUUCGAAUUACCAAGACUGGCGAAGUCAAGCGUAAGAGAUUCGUGCGGAAAUGGAAGCGAUCUUCUCAACCAGAUUUGGCUAGUGCACUAUUUAGCGCAGACACUUCAUUUCGAUUCACGAGUCCCCAAACCAAUCCCUAUCAACCAACUCCCAAAGAAUCUAUUCUAAGCUAUUUUGGCAUAGAAGAGCGUGUAUCGCGGGGUGAGAAGUACACCGUGCACGCUCGUAGGGUACUGUCUAAAGGGCACGCGCAGUAUUUAAUACACUGGGACACUGAAAAUGUAACAUGACCAUAGUCGUCGCGCGGAGCUCAAGGCAGUGUAACGGGACAGCAAACUUUAAGACUGUUUUGUUGACAGAAAAAAAAAAUAUAUAUUAACUAUUUUCUCCCCCAUUUAAUGAUACCAGAGUUUCUGUGCUUUUUAAAAAGCUUUGGAAUCUUCCUAUCGGUGGUUGAGGCAAUGUCAAACGGAGAGAAUACGCGAGAUCACAAAUUUGUUAUCGAAGAUAAUCUCGAUCUCGAAAGGCAAUCUUGGUAUGAUUUUCUGCCAGGACUAGGACGGUUUUAAUGCACAACACCACUUGUUUUCACUGCCUCUUUUUAUUAUCAAGUCUUUAUAAUCGUCUUGCCCGUGAUUGCUUUUAAUCUGUAGUCGUGUUCAUGUUUUUUUAAUUACAAUUUUUUUUUUUCGAAUUUUUCUCUUUGGUUUUCACUUGUUCUCAAGGAAGCCUUCGUCGGGUAUUUUGCUUUGUAAUAAUUACCCUGUAUGUCUCUAUUGUUAGCUAAGAAAAUACAUGGUUUCCAUUGAA